AUGCUUUGCGGUCUAUUACGGAUCGGAUUGCUGUUUGCCAUAUUGUCUCUUGGCGUUCGUGGUGCUGGUGUUACUACCCACUUGACGUACGUGACUAGAGUGGCCUCCGAGAAGUUCGAUGAUUACUACCCCUGGUUGAAAGCUGGUGCAUUCUUCCCUGACUCUUUAUACUCAUGCAAGCCAAGCAAACAGUUGAGUGAAUUCGCUGAAGCUACCCAUUGGCCUCCGUUCCUGAUGUCAGGUUUAAAAUUAUGGCAAGAAAGGUAUGGUUCAAUUCCUAGCAAGAAAUAUAGUCAAGACUCCGUGCGGUUGCAAGCGUUUCUUACUGGGGUUUUCUCUCAUCAGAUUGUCGACUCUUCAUGGCACUCGCUCGUCGAUGGCUUCAGGUCUCACGGGCUCCUUCGAGUGCUUGCUGAAACUGAAUUUCAUGGACAGAUUGAUGAUGCUCACGACUUUUUGGAUACCAUUGGUGACUUCAUCGGACUUUCUAAUAUCUUUAGCGAUAUUACUGAUCUAAACUGGAAAUACUAUGUUAAUAGUAAUUGGACAAUACCUAAGGAAGAAGAUAUGACGGAACUCUUGAGUAGAAAUGGGCUUAGCCCUGGUAAGAUUUCCUAUAAAGAGCUUGAAGUAUGUGUUUCGAGAGGAUUGUCAGCAUCUGUUAGCGAAACGUUUGUCAUGUUGAGCCGGCGUCAUGAAGUGUUAAGCCUAGCAUAUAAGAUUAGUCCUGCAUCUAGGGAUAUUAUGCAGGAAUAUUGGCUCGGUGGUGAGUUUGAUCUCAUUGCAAUGCUACAGAAAUGUUUGCCUGUGUAUCAGAAUCUCUUCGAUACAAACAGUUUGGAUCAAAAUUCAAUCCGACAAAUCCAACUCUGUGGGAACCUCCCGAAUACGCUUUCUAGUUCUCACGGGGCGUUGAGAAUUGACACUAACCAAGAUGUUUCCAUCGUGAGGCCAGUGACUUCUCUGUCUAAUUUUGGCACUAGCAUUGCCCUGGGUCAGUUCAAAUCAGACGGAAAGCUAUACAUGGCUGUGAGUGCGCCGACUCAGAAUAGUGAGGGUUGUGUAUACUUGAUCUUAUUCAGCCAGGUAUCUAGCCGCACUGAUUCUGCCGCCGUCAUGGAGCCGUUCACGCCGAUGCGUGGUUCAACAGUACAUACCUUUUCAACACAUGGCGUCGAUUUCCUCGUUAUAUCGGAACCUGGAUCUAACAGCAUACAUUUUUAUCACGGAGGCAGGAGAUACCUAACGAUUCGUGACGGAAUGACCUCAGAUGCGUUCCAACUUCAGUUGUACGCUGUUGCAGAUAUUGACGGAGACUCUGAGCCAGAUCUUUUACUUUCCGGUCCAUUUUAUGGUAAGAAUGAGACGGGUCGUGCUAUAGUAAUACCAGGUAUCGAAUUGGUGAGAUAUUUAAGAUUGAGCUCUACGAAUAACACCGAUGUGGAUAUCUCGUCCUUGAGUAUCGUUAGUUUGAAUGGGGGUCCUUACAACAGGGCAUACCAACAUUUCGGUGCUGCCAUGGCAGCUUCACAUCUGUAUAGUGGAAAGGGUUUUCUGUAUGUGACAUGUCAAAGCUUGGGUGCGGUUUUCGUUUAUCCGUUAUUUGGCCUUCAGCCAUCAUCAUUACCGAAGUAUGUCAUGACAUAUAAAGGUUUGCUCACUCCUGAAGAAGAGCCACCAAUUGACAUAAAAGUGAUUCCUUCCGCAGUUCAUGGGAUGUUUGGGAAAGGCAUGCUUUCUUUUGGUUACAAAGGGAAUAACUACCUUGCCAUCUCUCAGCAUUUGUUCAACUACGUUUUCAUUUACAGAGAGGACGACUAUUUGCCAAAAUUUCUCUUAAAAAUCCGACUUGAGGAUGAUCAGCAGACAGCAGCUUGGAGUAUUGGCUUUGGCACCGCGAUAGCAUAUGAUGUUCGGUCCGAAACACUGCACAUAUCUUCACCGGGCAGCUUCGACAAUAAAGGAGCAAUUUGGAAAAUUAGCAUGCAAGAAUUAUUGGCAGCCGCUGAGGCCUGGAAAACUGAUACAUUUUACGUUAAUGUUGUAAAUCACUUAGAUUUGGUCAACCCGUGGGAUGACACUAAAGGUUUCUCGAACUUCGGAAAAGUCUUGCAAAUAGCACCUAAUAAGUCUGUGAUAAUUGGAGCUCCACAAUAUGGAAAUGGCAAUCUGCAUGAUAAACAGCUGACAGGCGCAGUUUUCGUCAGGUAG